UUCUGUCGUGAAUUCAACUUGAGAGUUGAGAUUCAUAUAAAGUGCUGAAAUAAUAUUUUUCAGUAUUAGAUGAUGCUACUGAAUAUGUUAUGUGUGUUCAGGUAUACAGCAACUAGCACUAAUUGUCUGUUGAGGACUGUAUGUAGUCUCUAGGUGACCCUUGUUCACUUCUUGGUAUGUGUCCAAGUCGUUGCUCAGCUGAAUGUUUGGUUUGUGUUAACGGAAUAUUUAUUACUCCCUCCGUCCCACAAUCGGUAUAAACUCACUUUGUACAAUAUUUGCUUCAGAAUUUUAGAUGACGCGGUAAUCACUGACUGCGCACCUUCUCUUAUGAGGGAAACCCUUUUUGGAGAUUAGUGAGGGACAUACUAAAGACAUCAGGGAAAGAGCAAGUCCAGUAUUGCUCUUUUCAGUAAUCAGGGACAUACUAAAGACAUCAGGGAAAGCUCCAAAACCAAUAUUGCUAGACACUGAUGAAAUGAAGGAACCAUAUGAUUUGGGCGGUAUGAUAUGCUUUUUUCAGUAAUAAUAAGCAGGCGUGUUACGUCGUAUUCUCUGGAAUGUCUUAAUUGUGAUUUCACUUAAUAGCUGACACCAAUGCCACCAUCAAUAAGGACCAAUUGCUGCUGCAUCAAAUCAGCACUGUAUUAGCUGAUAGAUAAAAUAUAACCCCGUGUAAUAUUAGCGAAUGUCACAUUCCUUGCUUUUUCUAUAACGAACUUGAUCUUCCCAUGGGAGUUUCUUAGUUUUUGAGCUUAAUGCGUAGCACAUGUCCACUCUCAACACUUUUGCGGUAGAGGUAAUGGGAUGAAAUGAGUCGUCAUUUGUGAACUGCAGAGCACCUGUUGUAUGUAAGCUCCACAAUAUGUCGAACGAGAACCAAAAUUUCUAACUAGAAACCAUUUUACUGAAUUACAACUAUUUUAAUUUACUGGUCUUGUAUUGUCUCCUGUAAUCUUUUGCAGCCUGCGAUACUUCCAAUUCAGAUCAUAAGAAUCAGUCAGCUAGUCGUCUUGAGUUUUCUCUGGAAUGUCUUAAUUGUGAUUUCACUUAACUGACACCAAUGCCACCAUCAAUAAGACCAAUUGCUGCUGCAUCAAAUCCGCAUUGUAUGGGCUGAUAUGUAAAAUAUAACCCCGUGUAAUAUUAGCGAAUGUCUCAUUCGUUGCUUUUUCUAUAACGAACAUGAUUUCUUCCCAUGGGAGCUCCUUAGCUUUUUAGCUUAAUGCAUAGCCACUAUAUAUCUGCACAUGUCCACUCUCAACACUUUCGCGGUAGAGGUGAUGGGAUCAAUGAGUCGUCAUUUGUGAACUGCAGGGCACCUGUUGUAUGUAAGCUCCACAAUAUGUCUAAUCAGAACCAAAAUUUCUAACUAGAAACCAAUUUAGUGAAUUAAAACUAUUUUAAUUUACUGGUCUUGUAUUGUCUCCUGUAAUAUUUUGCAGCGUGCGAUACUUCCAAUUCAGAUCAUAAGAAUCAGUCAGCUGGUCAUCUUGAGUCUUCCUGGAGGUAUAUCCCAAUUUGUCAAUCCUAGGAUGCCUGUCCAGUAGAAGUGCAUGGGUUUUUUCUGAGCUACGGCAUGCCAUGCUCAUGUUAUCCAAUGUUUGAGCUAGCAAGCAUAUGCUAAGAAACAAUAAGCGGCAGCACUCUACUAAUUUUUUCUCUGUUAUGUUUUGGCACAGAAUUCACGACAAUGGUCAGCAGGUGGUUACACGAUGCUGUAAACAAUGUACUGAUAAGUGGCUUGAAUGGUGAAUUAAUUACCAACAUUCAUGUUGUUCUUGUGGGGCUGCCAAACGCAUAUUCUCAGUAUGUUACAACAUUCAAAGCAUACCAGGUCCAAAGAGCAAAGAUACGAGGGUGCGUCAACGUUGUACAGUCCCCACACCUUUGAGUCCAUACAUUCAAGAGUUUCAGAAACUUGCUGCAGCUAUGGUCCCACACCAACAAACAUCCAACCUCCUGACAUAUUGGACAAGCAAAUCAGACUGCUGCCAGGUGUCGUUGUCGACUCGACGACUCCUGGUGUUCACUUUGGGGAUGUCAGCUCUGAUGUCGCAGCAAACUCAGACUUCGGGAAGGGCAGCACCGUGAAUGCUACGUUCCAUUCGACCUGUCCAUGGAACGACCUUCUAACCAACGGUAACUUCGCGCUCGUUGAGAGGCUAAACGGUAACAGCUGGAUUCCUGCCUAUGACGAUGAUGAUUGGUCGUUGCGAUUCAAGUGGCCAAGGCCUCUCAGCCCAAAAAGCUUUCCGGCGCUGGAGUGGACCAUUCCUGAAGAUGCUGCCCCUGGUGUUUAUAGGCUGAGGCAUUUGGGUGCCUCCAAGCCACUGAUAGGAUCGAUCGAACAUUUUACAGGUACCGCUCGCGCGUUUGCAGUGUGUUAAGCAAUACACAACUUGUGACGAUGUCUGAGAUUGUAUGAAACAAUACAUCCCACCAUCGGGUGCAUGGUCAUACUAUUAUACUAUCAUGUUUCAUGUGGAUA